AUGAUUGCAACAUUAGAGGUAUGCAUCCAGACUCUAGAGAGGGUUAGUGAGAGUGAGAGCAGUGAAGUUUCUGUAGGGGAAAGUCUGGAUGCCUCAGGCAGAGAUAACAAUCCCCCAACUCCGGUAUUAAAGCGCGCACAGCGGGGUGAAUGGGUGACAACUCAGGGGCAUAACUGCAAAGCCAAAGCUAAUGCUAAGGCUUGCCCACAGGAGCAGCACUCUGCUCUGCUUCACAUUUCCAACAGGUUUGCUCUCCUCAGUGAAGCACCCACUGAGAAACCUGAAAGAGCUCUGGUUAUAGGAUACUCUGUCUUAAAACAUGUGAAAUUAGCUAGACCUUUAAGGGAAGCUUUAGUUACAGGUAUACUGGGAGCCAGGGCACCGAACAUAGCAGGUAAUCUUAGGGUUUUAGGAAAGCACUGGUUUUCAAAGAUAGUUAUUCACGUUGGAGCUAAUGAUAUACCCCUUCGGCAGUCAGAGGUUACUAAGAACAGCAUUGUAGAGGUGUGUAAAUUAGCGAAGGCGAUGUCUGAUGCAGUAAUAUGCUCUGGCCCCAUCCCAAUGCAGUGUGGCGAUGUAGCUUACAGCAGGUUAUGGUCACUGAACUGCUGGAUGUCCAGGUGGUGCUCCAAACACAAUGUGGGCUUUAUAGAUAUUUGCAGUAGUCUUGAGGGCAAGGUUGGCCUGUUAGGGUGGGAUCCCACUCGGGAAGGUGCUGCUCUCAUUUCUUGCAGCAUAGCACAUAGUCUCAGGCCUAGCUAA